AUGGGCAACGGUGGUUCUGAUGUGGCCGAAGUUGCACGUCAAUCAAAGAAGGAUUGCCGUGUUUACGUUGGGAACUUGAGCUACGAAGUCAGAUCGGAGGAUUUGUCGGACUUUAUGAGGGAUGGUGCGUCUGGGAAAGUGGUACAUGCAGAAGUGCUCUUGUUGCCAAACGGUUACUCGAAAGGAUGCGGCAUUGUCGAAUUCAGUCACCCUGAGGAUGCACAAAAGGCCAUUACUCAAUUGAGUGAUACCGACUUGAAAGGUCGUCCUGUUUUCAUUCGUGAGGAUCGUGAAAAUGAAGCAAGAUAUGGUGCACCACCAAGCCGUGGAAACUUCCGCGGAUUUGGUGGCCAUGGUGGUUACGGUGCGCCACCACCACCACCAGCAGCUGCCCCAGGAGCCCAAUUGUACAUCGGCAAUUUACCUUAUUCCGCUGGAUGGCAAGAUUUGAAAGACAUGUUCCGUGCUGCUGGAAACGUCGUUCGUGCAGACAUCAACAUUGGUCCUGAUGGUCGCUCAAAGGGUAGCGGUAUUGUCGUCUUUGCCAAUCCAGAAGAUGCACAAAAUGCUAUUUCACAAUUCAACGGUACAGACUGGAACGGUCGCCCAAUCGAAGUUCGUGAAGACAGAUUUGCCGGUUCAGCUGGCGGAUUCGGAUUUGGUGGUGCAAGUGAAAGAAACUUACCACCCGCUGAGCCAAGUCAACAAAUCUUUGUCAAGAAUUUGCCAUGGUCAACUUCGAAUGAAGAUUUAGUAGAAUUAUUCCAAACGACUGGAAAAGUUGAUGAAGCUGAAGUUUUGAUCGAAGGAACACGUUCAAAGGGAGUUGGAGUUGUUCAAUUUGCUUCUAUUUCUGAUGCGGAAACCUCUAUUGCUAAAUUCCAAGGUUAUGUUUAUGGAGGACGUGCAUUGGAUAUCGAAUACAAUCGUUCAUGGCGUGAUUUCCGUUCUGGUGGUCAUGUCAAUGAUGUGCAAAUGAGUUGA